GGCUGUCAGAAGUGACCAACAUAUUCUAAAUGUCAGACUUCUGAAGUGGAGCUAUGAGGGCAGCUUGGGGUUGGUUCAUCUUUUGUCUUUUAACUCUGGCUGACUCAACCAGCACUUCCAGUGGUGAUGAAUGCCUACCUUGCUUACCCCUAUACCUGGCUGUCCCAAAGUAUACAGGAUGCAUUAGAAAUGACAAAUUCUGGAAGCCUGGAAGUCAAUUAUGUGGUUAUUGCAAUAGUUCAGGCCUUGAUGCUGGGGGGAAACCAGGAUUUCCCAAAUUCAUAAAACCCAGUGACCCUGGGGUUCAAAAAGCAGCCAGGUUUGCAGUGGAAAGGUUUAACAAUUGCACAAAUGACCUCUUCUUAUUCAAAGAACUUCACAUUGAUAAAGCAACAGUGCAGCUCGUGAAAGGACUGAAAUAUAUGAUCGAUAUGUAUAUAAGCCGAACAAUUUGCAGGAAGAACGAACAUUUCAACUUGGACAACUGUGACUUUCAAACAGAUAAAACUUUACAACAGACAUUCAACUGCUAUACUGAAGUUUGGGUCAUGUCCUGGCUCCAAAAGACCGAGGUGCUUGUUCUCCAUUGUCAGUGAUUUUUUGCUUCUCCUCAAACAAAGGCUGGAUGGUGUUUUGGUUUCCAACCCAACCUUCACUUCCUGACUAUCACAGAUAUUGUAUAUUCUUUGAAUGUAUUUGUGCUUCAUAGCCCAUUAGAAUAGAUAAGCAUCAAAGAUUACUUCUCAGUGGUAGAUAAAAUAGAAGUAAAAGAAUUAAUAAAUUGUACUACUACAGUACUUCAGGGCACUGCCUCAGUAUGUGACAAAGAGAAUACUAAAGGGAAGUUUUCAAGGGAGAGCUCAUGCAAAGAAUGAAUUUAUGUGCUUUAACAAGCAUGCUAAAAUUCUGAUUCUUUCAAAAGUUUCAGGAAACUUGUAGGCAAAAGCCAAAGACAGCGUCAGAUUGAAAUGAUUAGAGGUAAUAAUACUAAUAUUAUUUUAUGAGAAUAAAAGAAGCACUCAAUUGAAAAGUAAUUUGUCUCAUAUGGGCUAGUACAACAAACUUGCAGAACAGCAUUUAUAAUGCUAUUCCCUCAUUCCCUCAAGUUUUGAUUCAAAGCAGAUGAAAUAUAUGUUAAGAACUGAAAGUCAAGACAACAUACAUGCUGAAGGU